AACCCUAUUUAAACUGGAUCCAAGACUUUCUCCUCAUCCACCCUCCAACACUUUUUGGUUUCUUUCCCUCCCAUACCAUACCAUACCACACCCACUAGAAUUAUUUAGAAUUUUAGAAUUAGAAAAGUCGCGUUUCACGAACUUUCUCCGAAACCACGCCCCUCAAAAACGACCAAUUUCUUCUCUCUUUCUAUCUCUCUCUCUCUCUCUCUCUCUCUCUCUCUAUAUCGAUUCGAUCCCAGACUAUCUAUUUUUCUUCUCAGGGUAGGGUUUGCUCGAGAGAUACACUUAGGGUUUAUAUGACCGAUUCUUUUCUCUGAUCAUGUUGAUGGCGGACGACGGGUCGGAAUUCUGGACACGUGGCGAUUUCUCUGCCGUUGAUGAUGAUGAUUGUGAUUUUUUUGGUGGUGGCGGCGGCGAGGACUUGUCCAUCGACAUCAAUACGCUGCUUGACAUUCUUGGAGAAGAUCCUCAGCCUUCUUCUUCACAAUUGCAAUUGCAGAGCAGUCCAGAGGAUUCAUCUGUGAAAUAUGUGUCACAAGGUGAAGCAGCAGCUCCUAAUGCUGUAAUCAAUGACAAUCCCCAGCGUCAAACUGGACCUCAGGUGUCACAAGAAGCACCUUCAUUAGGGCCUGAGUUAAUGGAUCCUGUCACAUUUUACAACUCAGAUGCUUCAGAUUCUGGGACAGGGGGCUCAGCUGCUUCAUUUGAUUCUGCUGAAAAUUCUGCCAUGGCUCCUGACUAUGGAAACAUGGAACCCCCAACACAGACAGGCUCUCCUGUGCAUGCUUGCUCUGCGAGUCUCAAAGACUGGAAUUUACAAGUAUCAGGCCAUGAAUCUUCCUUCACAGGGAGGGCUGGAGUUUCCCCGAUUGAGAUACCAACAUUUAGUACAGCUUCCAGUUUUGCUGAUAGAGAUGCUCACAAUGUUUCAGAUUGUGUAGAUAACUUGUAUGUUGAUUUCCCUAACAGUGAAACUGAAGAACAAUGCAGGCAUGUAGGGGAGGAUGUUGAUUCCAAAUAUCCUUUAUACAACCCUUUCUUUAACAGCUUUGGUGUAAAUUCUGCACACUAUGGUGCUUUGGCUGAAAAUAGUCUGGAUACCUUCAGACCUCCCCAAGAAAAUAUUCCGUGUUCCUAUAUGGGAAUAUCAUUAGGGGAUGCAGAUUUGUCUUCCCAAAAUGUUACUUCUACUGAGUCUACUAUCUGUCAAAGUUCUGAUGUUAUAAGUAACUUCACUGACCAUUAUUCUCCUAUGCAAUAUUACAUGGCUACAGAUGGUACAUUUGAUUUCUCACGGCAUCAUUUGCCUAGUAGUUAUAGUUCUCAAUUUUCAAUGGGUAAUCCAGAAAUGAUGACUAACACAAAGGAUGAAAUAGGGGAAUUCUCAAAUGAGAGUGCUAGCUCAAGUAGUAAGGUGAUUUUGAAUGGCCAGAGGGGAAUAAUGGGUAGAUCUGUCUCAGAGGUGUCAAUGCCUAAUCAGUCAUAUUUUUUAUGUGAAGGCAAUAAUUAUAUGUCAUCAAUCAGUGGAAAUUCAUCAUCUGAUACUGAAAAUUGUUCUAUUGAUGACAAGGCGUCGAAGAAACUGUUGAUUUGUACUCCGUCAUACUUGUCCAGCAAAGACCAAGCAACUUGUGUAAAGGAUGAAGCAACUGAUGAAUUCAUUGCACCUAGUAGCCAUUCUAUGGAAGUAAUUGAUGAAGCUGUCAGUAGAAAGUCUUCUUACAGUGCUGAUGCCAAACUAUGUGUUGACAAAGAUGUGACGCAGUCAUCUGGUAUUUCACAUUCUCAAUCAAGUCAGAAGCACAUUCACGUAAAACAUGAGAAAGAAGAUGUGGUUAUUGCGUCUAAGAGAGCUUGUCAUUCUCAAGAUAUAGCUAGUCAAAUUGUUAGUAGAUUUCCCCCUAGUGGUGGACAUUUGAAUUCAAGUGCGUUGGAACAAUAUGUGCCCUGUGCUCAGCCAUCCAUAUUGAGCAAGAUUCAGUUGGAUUGCAUUAAGGGUGAAAGUGAGACUAAACUGGUUCAAUCUAAGACCGUGGGUUCUCAUUUAUCAGAAGUCACCCUUGAUUUAAAUUGUAAAAAUUUUUCAGGCAAAUACCAUGUUGAGGACUCUGAUAUAUGUAUUAUUGAAGAUAUGAGUCAUCCUCCACCCACAAAUUAUUCUCCAGCAAUAGGGAACUCGCUUAUUACUUCACAACAUUCUACAUUUAGUGAUUCUGUUCAUUCCACAGGAGUAGGAGGAACGAGGAUUAAGAGUGAUGAAAGAUUUAUUUUACGAGUUGCAUUGCAGGAUCUUUCGCAGCCAAAGUCAGAAGCUAGUCCACCAGAUGGGGAUUUGGCAGUCUCUCUUUUAAGACAUCAGAGAAUUGCUUUGUCAUGGAUGGUUCAAAAGGAGACGGCUAGCUUCCACUGCUCUGGAGGGAUUCUUGCAGAUGAUCAGGGACUGGGAAAAACAGUAUCAACAAUUGCACUUAUACUCAAAGAGAGGCCUCCAUCUUUUAGAGCCUAUCAAAAUGUAAAACAAGGGAAGUUGGAAACUCUAAAUUUGGAUGAAGAUGAUGAUGUUCCUCCUGCACUUAAUGGAAUGAAGCAAGAUGCUGAGUCACUUCAAAUGACAUCAAAUACUCUGAUGAAGAGCGUGAACUCUUUGGUCCAAACUAAGGGAAGGCCAUCUGCUGGAACCCUUAUUGUUUGUCCCACUAGUGUUCUACGGCAAUGGGCUGAGGAGUUGAAUAGUAAGGUAACCAGCAAAGCUAAUCUCUCUGUGCUGGUAUACCAUGGAAGCAACAGGACAAAAGAUCCUUAUGAGCUGGCCAAAUAUGAUGUUGUCCUCACAACAUAUUCAAUUGUCAGCAUGGAGGUCCCAAAGCAGUCUCUUGUUGAUGAAGAUGAUGAUGAGAGAGGGAAACUAGAAGAUGAUACUGGCUUCUCAUCCGGUAGGAAAAGGAAAUGUCCUAGUUCUGAUAAAAAAUGUUCAAAGAAUAAGAAGGGUUUGGAUAGUGCACUGCUUGAGUCUGCUGCACGUCCUCUUGCAAAGGUGGCAUGGUUUAGGGUUGUCCUGGAUGAGGCCCAGAGCAUCAAGAAUCACAGAACUCAAGUGGCUCGGGCCUGUUGGGGUCUUCGUGCUAAACGUAGAUGGUGCUUGUCUGGCACUCCAAUCCAGAAUGCAAUUGAUGAUCUUUAUAGUUACUUCAGAUUUCUCAGAUAUGAUCCUUAUGCUCAAUAUACAUCAUUCUGUUCCACAAUAAAGGUCCCAAUCAAUAGGAGCCCAAGCAAAGGGUACAAAAAGCUACAAGCUGUCUUGAAGACAAUAAUGUUACGCCGCACUAAAGACACACUUCUUGAUGGGGAACCUAUUAUUAACCUACCGCCAAAGUUUAUAGAACUGAAAAAGGUGGAUUUUUCAGAUGAGGAACGUAAUUUCUACUCCAAAUUAGAGGCUGAUUCACGUGCUCAGUUUCAAGAAUAUGCAGAUGCUGGAACUGUCAAACAAAAUUAUGUUAACAUCUUGUUGAUGCUCUUGCGCCUUCGACAAGCUUGUGAUCACCCCCUCCUUGUUAGGCCUUAUGAUUCAAGUUCUUUAUGGAGAUCCUCAGUUGAGAUGGCAAAGAAGCUUCCUCAGGAAAAACAAAUUCGGCUUUUGGAUCGUUUAGAAGCAUCUCAGGCAAUUUGUGGUGUCUGCAAUGAUCCUCCUGAAGAUGCUGUUGUUUCAAUUUGUGGUCAUGUUUUCUGCCAUCAAUGCAUUAGUGAACAUCUUACUGGUGAUGACAAGCAGUGCCCUGUGACAAAUUGCAAAGUUAGACUGUUUGCAUCUUCAGUGUUCUCCAAAGCCACACUAAAGUGUUCUCUCUCUGAUGAGCCUGGUCAGGAUGGUUCCCCCAAUUGUUCUGUUUCUGAAGUUGUUGAUGCAGCCGAGCCUUUUUAUGGGGGUAACUCGUAUGGUAGUUCUACCAAAAUUAAGGCUGCUCUUGAGGUCCUGCAUUCAUUGUGUAAACCACAAGGUUGCUCUUUAGGAGCUAGUUCUGCACAGAGCACUCUUGAUGAAAAUGCCAUCUGUCACAACAACUCUGAUGGAGAAUUGUGUGAGGAUAAUGCUGAUAGACAACAUUUGGCUGUGGAGAGAAGUUCUAAUAAUUCAGUCAAGGUAGUUGGAGAGAAAGCCAUAGUGUUUUCCCAGUGGACGAGGAUGUUGGAUUUGCUUGAAGCUUGUCUUAAAAAUUCUUCCAUUCAGUACAGAAGACUUGAUGGAACAAUGUCUGUUCUUGCCAGAGACAAAGCUGUGAAGGAUUUUAACACCCUCCCAGAGGUGUCUGUGAUGAUCAUGUCUCUGAAAGCUGCUAGUCUUGGUCUCAACAUGGUUGCAGCUUGCCAUGUUCUUCUGCUGGACCUUUGGUGGAACCCUACUACUGAAGAUCAAGCAAUUGAUAGAGCACACAGAAUUGGGCAAACUCGUCCUGUUACAGUUUUGCGGUUAACAGUGAGAGAUACGGUUGAAGAUCGUAUAUUAGCCCUUCAGCAAAAGAAGAGAGAGAUGGUUGCAGCUGCGUUUGGAGAGGAUGGAACUGGUGGUCGUCAGACGCGCCUUACAGUGGAAGACCUGAAAUACCUGUUUAUGAUGUGAUUAGGGAGUUCUUUUAGGUUUGACAGAUUUUAUUUGCUAACGCAGGUUAUCAAUAGGUUUGUUUUUGGCAGUGGCAGGGUCAGCAACAGCUCAAUUAUUUGGACAUUGUCUCUGAUAAUAGAUCUGAAAGGAGUAACAAGAGGCUAUAUUGAGGAAAAUUUUCUGUGAAUAGUCUAUAUAGAAUCACAUGAUCCAUUCUUUUUCCUUAAAAUUUUUGUUUGUUAGGGAAUUGAUCCCUCUCAAUCUUCCUCGUCAGUCUCUCAUCACAUUGUAUAGGAUGUGGAGAUCAGUAGUCUACACUUUACAGCAAGUAUAUUCACUGGAAAAAUGUUUCUUCCAAUUGUAAAUGAUAGUGGAUUACUUUUUCUCUUUUUA